AUCCACCAUUGGGGUCACCGAGGUCCGGAACUCGUUUUUUUUCCUGAAGUGUAUAUUAAAAGUCAUAAAAUAAUUGCCUAAUAAUAACUCUUUGGUGCCGCAAGGCUCGUACCACGCAAAGAUAACUUGCACCAAUUAAAGUUCAGCUUUGGGAAGGGAAGCAGCAGGGGACAAGAUGAGACUCAGAGAAAAAGAAAAAGAGAUGAUGAUGAAGAUGAGAGAGGAAGAGCAGCCAUGGUGCUGGCUGUGUGUCUGCUAAUGGCUGGAGUGAGGGCGUAUGAUGGACCCUCAUAUGGGGUGAAAUUGUGUGGUCGUGAAUUUAUCCGAGCAGUCAUCUUCACUUGCGGAGGCUCACGCUGGAGACGCUCCAUCACAAGCACAGAUGACCUGAGUGUUGACCCGUUUGGUUCAGGCAUCAGAGAUGCUGCAGAAGGCUUGGUGUUGCCCUCUCACCCAAAGUUCUCCCUCCAGCAUGACACUGAGCCCAUCUCUUUUGAUAUGGUGCGUGGAGGGCAGGAGGCCUCUGAGUUCAGUCGUCCUGCCCGCUCCAUUAUCUCAGAUGAAGUACUGGAAGCCCUGCGCACCUCCAGCAGGAAAGGCCGUGAUGUGGUAGUAGGACUGUCCAACGCCUGCUGCAAAUGGGGCUGCAGCAAGAGCGAGAUCAGCUCCCUCUGCUGAGACCAGUCACUCUAGCACUUGUGUUCGAGUGUGUGUGUGUGUGUGUGUGUGUGUGGUUGUGUGUGCUUGAGCGUCUUUUCCUUCCUGUCUUUGACCUUAGCUUGAUGAGCCCAAGAUUUAGCAUUUUUUCCCCACAAAAUGUUUAUCUGUAUCAGUUUAACAGCGAGUGUAUGCUUGCCACCAAACACGUUACAAAUCAUAUUCAGUUGUAUUUGAUUAUUUUUAUUAAAU